AAAAGCGGCCAUGGUAGCUCUGAUAAACGGGCAUGGUAUCAAAACUCCCUUUUGUGGACAUCUUCGUCCAUUUAAAAGUGAACAUGGGUAUUUUCGUCAACUAAAAGUACCAAUGGGGUUUAUCAGUGUUUUAUCUCCGGCAACGAUUCGUCAGCUCUGUCUCUUGCUGCGUUUUCUUCUCUUUUCUUGGUUCUCUCUGCAUUUCCAGCUCUUUUCCAGGUUUUCGGACUCACUCUUUUCAAAGGAUUUCCAAUUCUUUGGGGCAUUUGGAUUCGGAGAUUCUUUAAUCUUCUUUGCAUUAAUCGCAUUUUCGCGAAAAUUCAGGUGCAAAUCCUCAAAAUGAUUCCCGAAUCUGCUAUUAAAAUGAGCUAUUUAGCUGUUUUUUGUUGGAUGUUUAUGCUUAUAAUGCAAUCUGGUCAAAGUUUUUCAGCAAUUCCUAGGGUUUUCUAGCUGUUUCUUCCGCAAUUUUAUCAAGAACGACGAAGAGUAAUUCAGUCAUUUCUAGGGUAGUUUUGAGGUUUUUGGUGGAAAGAUCAAAAGCGCAGCGGUUUCUUGAACGGGUUAGAGAUUUCGUUCGAGGAUCACCCAAGAACAGCGGCAUUGACCGAUAAUCAAAGUUCUCUCGAAGAUGUUUCUGGUGGAGAAUCUGGCGGUUCUGUAAUUUCUUGGCCAAGAUCAGGUAUGCGGUUUCUGAUUUUCGCUAUCAUGUUCUUCGAGGAUUUUGUAGAAAAUACGGGAAGUCUGGGGCCAUUGGAUGAAAAAGCAGCCGGAAAAUAGGGGUACGAUUCGCUGUUUUUGGGAGAUUUUAGCUAUUCAGCAUUUUAUUUCGCUGGACAGAGCUGAGGAAUCAGGUCAUCUUUAGGGGAAUAGAUUCUCAUUUGAUAAUAUUGAGUAAAAGGGAUUCAGAACAAAGACUUAGAGCUGCUUUAUUCACAGAAGAUUGCUUUUCUUUAACAAAGCACCAUUCAAUCUCUUUUACUGUAUCAACAUCCUCAAAAUCUGAAGUUUUAAAGGCCAGAGGUAUACAGUAAGCCUCCUGAGAUCUUCGAUUCCCCUUAAAUAAGCGUGGAUGGAGCAUGCACAUGGUUUCUUGCCAUUCAUUGCAUUGCUUUUGAUCGUUCCAUUAGUUGAAGUUCAAGCUCAGUCACCUAGCACUUCCAUAGGCACAGCGAGGGCAUUGGAUACACUUCUUCAGGACUACGCAUACAGGGCAUUCGAUCAGCCACUGACGGGUGUGAUCUAUGACGGUCAGGUCCCGUCAUAUCUCUCUGGAAUAAAGAUAGCCGCAUUGAGGCUCCGGAGUGGGAGCAUGCGAAGGAGAGGAGUGGAAAGCUACAAGGAGUUUGAAAUACCCAUGGGAGUCAUUGAGCGGCCUUACGUCAAGCGGCUUGCACUGGUUUACCAGAACUUGGGCAACUGGUCUUCUCUGUUUUAUGAUCUACCUGGUUACAGCUUUCUGACACCUAUGCUUGGCCUACUUGCUUAUGAUGCGAUGAACAUAUCUGCCACAAAUUUGCCUGAAUUGUAUAUAUUGGCAAAAGGGAGGCCCAUUUCGAUUCAGUUCACGGACGUGGGAACAGUGCCGAUCGGUUCGACUGCUCAGUGCGUCUCGUUUGAUUUGAAUGGCUUGCCCAGAUUUGAAGCUUUGAUGUCAAGAAAUGUAUGUUUGACUAAUGUCCAGGGGCACUUUUCUAUUGUUGUCAAGUCUGGCAGUGGCAGCCACACUCCACCAGCACCAGUGCUGGCACCAAUGCCCAUUCCAAGACCAGGUCCCACCGUGAAGGAGGAGUCAAAGGUGUGGGGGAUCGCCGGACCCGUGAUUGGUGGGUUUGCAGCAUUCGUCUUCUGGGGUUUGAUAUUGGUGUUCCUAGUGAGGUAUAAGCGGAAAAAAAACAUGGCUCAGAUGGAACAUGAGUCGGAACAUGGGGUACCAUUGCAAGUAGUGAAUAUGGGGGUUGUUAGACUGCCAGCAGCAGCUGCAACCCGGACAGGACCAGAACUCGAGCACCGCGAGGUGCCUUAAGCUGUGGUUGGAGCAAACAGGUGCCAGGCUAUAUGGUCAGAUCCAUGACUGGUGCGAGUGGGAUGAGGAGUGGAUCCUUUUAAAAGUGCCUGAUAUGUACAGGCUGCUGCUGCUCAGUUCCUACCGCCGGCCCAGGUAACCAAAACAUGAUAUUCUGUGACAUGGGUUCGAUCCAGAAGUUGCCAUUUUGCAAGUUUCAGUUCAGCUAAAGCAUGAUCACAUCAAAUCGUAACAUUCUUUCGGAGGAGUUUCUCUGUGUUGUUAAUCUCUUCAUUGUUGGAUUCUGUCUUCUUCUUCCUCUUCGCAUUGUGGGGGUUUGAAUCAUUUGUUCAGUCUGCUGUAAUGAGGGCUAGAGCUUGCCAAAUAAGAAAGCUGAGAUGCAAUUCAUUUCA